AUGCCGGGAACAAUCACGUUGCUGAAAACGUCUCCUGUUCGGAUUGGUGGUGGGGUUGAUGAGUCCACGGUGUACUUUCACCGGCUUUUCUGGACAUUUCCACCCUGUAUCGAGGCAUUCCGGCAUUGCAAGCCCCUCGUCAGUAUUGAUGGUACCCUCUUGUAUGGGAAGUAUGGAGGGACGCUGCUGUUGGCGAUAGCUCAGGACGGGAACUCGAACAUCCUCUCGAUAGCAUUUGCCCUUGUGGAGGGCGAAAAUGCAGAGUCGUGGUCAUUCUUCUUGUCCAAUCUCCGAGAGCAUGUGACUCCUCAGGAGGGUAUCCUUGUUAUCUCUGACAGGCAUAAUGGGAUCAAGGCAGCGCUUGAGGCACCUGAGACUGGAUGGCUGCCUCCUCGGGCUUUCCGGGCCUAUUGUAUAAGGCAUGUGGCUGUGAAUUUCGCCAUAACGUUCAAAGGUAAGGACUCAAGGAGGAUGCUGGUGAAUGCUGCCUACGCAAAGACUGAGGCAGAGUUUUACUACUGGUUCGACAUCAUGCGGACUGAGAAUCCAGGAAUGUGUGACUGGGCCAACCGUAUGGAGUAUGACAAAUGGACCCAACAUGAGGAUGCUGGUCGACGGUUCGGGCACAUGACCACAAACAUCAGUGAAUGUGUGAACUCCGUGCUAAAGGGAACUCGCAACCUGCCAGUCACAUCGUUGGUUAAGUCAACCUACGGGAGGCUUGCUCAGCUAUUUGUGGUACGGGGACAGACAGCAGAGGCACAACUCGGAUCUGGCCAUGAAUUCUGUCAGGCAUUGGUCAAGGCUAUUGAUCGGAACCUAAGAGACUCUAGGUGCUUCACUUUGACAUUAUACGACAGGCAUCAGUCCGAGUACACUGUCGCUGAGACAACACCAACGGGGACCUUCUCGCUGGGUAGCUAUAGAGUUUCCCUUAAAGAUCACCGAUGCGACUGUGGCCACUUCCAGGCGCUGCAUUAUCCUUGUUGCCACGCCAUUGCGUGUUGCGCCUACUCCCGGCUUAACUGGGUGUCAUAUGUUCACGAGGUGUAUCGUAUGAGUGAGGUGUUCAACGUUUACAACCAGGGGUUUUUCCCACCUAUCCCUGAAGGACUAUGGCCUCCAUAUGCUGGGCCAACCAUCAUUCCUGACCCUAAUAUGCGGCGUGCAAAGGAAGGUCGUCCAAAGACAACCAGGAUCCGUGGAAGUAUGGAUCAGUCUCAGGAGAAUCAGCCGAAGCAUUGUGGGCUAUGCCGUCAGCCUGGGCAUACGCGGAGGAACUGUCACCAGCGAAGACAAAGUGGUGGAGGGGAUGCGUAG